GAUCGGCGGUUGCUUCUUCCCCACAGCCUUCCUCGGUUAACUUCGGAUCUAAAACAUGUACAAAUAACGUAUCCCAUGUUGCACAGCUUUUGGCGGCCCGCUUCUCGAUCUCAGCACUUACCACUUUCCCGACAUGCACCCGUCUGUUAGAGUACUAGCACAUAAACCGCUCAUCAGCUUCGUUGGAAAGCGCGUAUGGCCAGCCACUGCAGGUCCUUCUCACCCUCAUCCAGCUGCACCUCCAGAAUGGCAAAAGUCCUUUUCUGAAAAGGCUGAUCCUUCCCAAGCAACGCAGGAUCAUCCUGUUUUCCUCGAAUUCUGGGAGGCUCCGGCACGCUUCUCCAAACCAUACUCGAGGUACUUGGAGCAAGCAGAGAUAGAUGCCAUACUGAGUGGGGGAGCUUCUCUGCGAUAAAAUAGAUAAAUCUCAUAGACACCAUUUCCAACUCAUACUGCGUCACCUCAGAAACUUAUUCAAACUUCACCUCCCGAGUUGCAGCGAGCAAAUGAUCAAUUGACAUGUGCAACGAUUCCUAAUCCUUUUCUGCAUAUGCCAGCAGCAGUCGAUACAAUCCCGAUC